AGACACAAGAAUUAUUAUUCCUGACAGACAACAUCUGAAACGGAUAUCAUUUUCGCACAAACUACUCUAAGAGCCAAGAUCUAAUCCUAUAUAAGAGAGAACUGAUCAUUGAGGUGACAGACUUCCCAAUAAUGGAUAUGUCAUCGGCUACAUGGUGGUCUGAAAUGGAGAUUAUGAAUAUGGAUGAUCUUCAAUACGUUGAAAACUGCCAGACGAUGACCUCAUCAUUCGAUGAAUUGCCUUUCAAUAAUAAUUACCCCUUCUCCCCUUGUACCUAUGGUAUUCAGGCUGCUGGAAUAUUGGAGGAGAAGCCAGCUUUUUGCAAUUCCAGAAUGGGAACUGAACACCAAAAUACCUAUUUCUCUUCUCCUUCUUCGUCUCCUCCGCCUUCUUCUUCUUCCCCCAGCGUCAUUUUUUUUUGCAACACCAAAUCACCAUCAACCCAUAACUACCAAGAAAAUUACUUGAACAGCUCGGUCAAGACUGAGGUUCCAUCUGGACCAACUACCAUAAACUUCUCGUCUCAAACUUGUCCAGAUUCUGAUUAUGACGAUAGUCAGCAUCUAUUCCAGGCCAUGGGAUUUACCGCUGCUGAUAUUACUCAGAAGAAGAGUACUUAUAGUAGAACUCCUUUGCAAGCACAAGACCACGUUCUCUCAGAAAGAAAACGAAGAGAACGCCUCACCCAGUGCUUCAUAUCUUUGUCUACCCUCAUCCCUAACCUAAAGAAGUUGGACAAGGAAUCAAUACUAGGAGAUGCGAUUAAAUACAUAAAACAACUGGAAAAUCAAGUAAAAAGCCUUGAGGAAGAAACAAAGAAAUUUAGCAAGGAGCCAGUGGUUGCAGUUAAGAGAACUGGCCUGCUCUCAACUUAUGUUAACUCCUCAUCUUCUGAAGAAAACUCCAACAUAAGCAGCACCAACAAGUCAGUCCCAGAGAUUGAAGUUAGAGCUGCAGAUGGGAAUGCUCUGAUUAGAAUUUAUUGCAAAAAGCAAGCCACAAUAAUAAAGGAAAUAUUCAGCCAAGUAGAGAAGUUCAAUCUCACUAUCAUUAGUAGCAGUGUCAUGCCUUUUGGCGACAUCAGCACCUACAUAACCAUUGUUGCUAAGAUGGAUCAUCAGCUGAACAUGACAGCAGAAUAUGCAGCUAAAAGAAUACGUGAGACUAUAAUGAAACUCAUCAGCAGUCAUAUUGACGUUUAGCGAAGCCAGCUCUCUAAUUGCAUAGAGAAUUUCAAGAUUAUCAGAAGCUAAGGUCUUUGGAUCUGUUCUUCUCGUUAUAGUGUUAAGUGAUAAUAUGUUAAUUUAGAAUUUAAGGGUGGGUCUCAUGACUUGGUUUUUGAGAGGUUUUCAUUAUUGUAUUUGUGGACUGGGGCUUUGGUAUUUUUUUCGGGUCACAAGUUGGAACCCGUUUAACAAUUGCCCCACUUGCUACAAUUGAGGAUGGCACCCUCUCUUUUUUUGACAAGUCAUGGAAUUCCACUAAGUGGUCUUCUUUUGUUCUCCUUUGGGGGGACUGCUACACACCAUGCACGUUAAUUUUGACGUUUGCUCUUUUUUUUUUCGUUCGGUUUUUGGGCUUUAGGUAACUAAUUUUUGGCCUUUGUUGUAUAAUAUAUACUUUUUUGUCUACAUGUCUUCGUGGUGUAAUAAACACAGGUUUAUUGGAUUUA